UGCCUCCUUCUACCUUUGCAGGGGCUUCGGAAAGCAAGGAUUCCAGUGCCAAGUCUGCUGUUUUGUCGUGCACAAGCGGUGCCAUGAAUUUGUCACUUUCUCCUGCCCAGGCGCUGACAAGGGCCCAGCCUCCGAUGACCCCCGGAGCAAACACAAGUUCAAGAUCCACACAUACUCCAGCCCAACGUUUUGUGACCACUGUGGGUCACUGCUGUAUGGACUCAUCCACCAGGGGAUGAAGUGUGACACCUGCAUGAUGAACGUGCACAAGCGCUGCGUGAUGAACGUCCCCAGCCUCUGCGGCACGGACCACACGGAGCGCCGCGGCCGCAUCUACAUCCAGGCCCACAUCGAGAGGGAGGUCCUCAUCGUCGUCGUAAGAGAUGCUAAAAACCUUGUACCUAUGGACCCCAAUGGCUUGUCAGAUCCUUAUGUGAAACUGAAACUGAUUCCUGAUCCCAAGAGUGAGAGCAAGCAAAAGACCAAAACCAUCAAGUGCUCCCUCAACCCUGAGUGGAACGAGACAUUUAGAUUCCAGCUGAAAGAGUCGGACAAGGACAGAAGACUGUCCGUAGAGAUUUGGGACUGGGAUCUGACCAGCAGGAAUGACUUCAUGGGAUCUUUGUCAUUUGGGAUUUCUGAACUGCAGAAAGCUGGCGUUGACGGUUGGUUUAAGUUGCUGAGCCAGGAGGAAGGCGAGUACUUCAAUGUACCUGUGCCCCCAGAAGGAGGGGAGGGCAAUGAAGAACUGCGGCAGAAAUUUGAGAGGGCCAAGAUCGGGCAGGGGACCAAGGCUCCCGAAGAAAAGACGACCAACACCGUAUCCAAAUUUGACAACAAUGGGAACAGGGACCGGAUGAAACUGACCGAUUUUAACUUCCUGAUGGUGCUGGGGAAAGGCAGCUUUGGCAAGGUCAUGCUCUCAGAGCGGAAGGGCACUGAUGAGCUGUACGCUGUGAAGAUCCUGAAGAAGGACGUGGUCAUCCAGGACGACGACGUGGAGUGCACGAUGGUGGAGAAGCGGGUGCUGGCCCUGGCCGGGAAGCCGCCGUUCCUGACGCAGCUCCACUCCUGCUUCCAGACCAUGGACCGGCUGUACUUCGUGAUGGAGUACGUGAACGGUGGCGACCUCAUGUACCACAUCCAGCAAGUGGGCCGGUUCAAGGAGCCUCACGCCGUAUUUUACGCUGCGGAAAUUGCCAUCGGUCUGUUCUUCUUACAGAGCAAGGGCAUCAUUUACCGUGACCUGAAACUUGACAACGUGAUGCUGGACUCCGAGGGACACAUCAAGAUCGCUGACUUCGGCAUGUGUAAGGAGAACAUCUGGGACGGGGUGACGACCAAGACCUUCUGCGGCACUCCAGACUACAUCGCCCCCGAGAUAAUUGCUUAUCAGCCCUAUGGGAAGUCCGUGGAUUGGUGGGCAUUCGGAGUCCUGCUGUAUGAAAUGUUAGCUGGGCAGGCACCCUUUGAAGGGGAGGAUGAGGAUGAACUUUUCCAGUCCAUCAUGGAACACAAUGUGGCUUAUCCAAAGUCCAUGUCCAAGGAAGCUGUGGCCAUCUGCAAAGGGCUGAUGACCAAACACCCAGGCAAACGUCUGGGCUGUGGACCUGAAGGUGAACGUGACAUCAAAGAGCAUGCGUUUUUCCGAUAUAUUGACUGGGAGAAACUUGAACGCAAAGAGAUCCAGCCCCCGUAUAAGCCAAAAGCCUGUGGGCGAAAUGCUGAAAACUUCGACCGAUUUUUCACCCGCCAUCCACCCGUCCUAACACCUCCUGACCAGGAAGUCAUCAGGAAUAUUGACCAAUCAGAAUUCGAAGGAUUUUCCUUUGUUAACUCUGAAUUUUUAAAACCUGAAGUCAAGAGCUAAGUAGAUGUGUAGAUCUCCGUCCUUCAUUUCUGUCAUUCAAGCUCAACAGCUAUUGUGGUGACAUUUUUUUUUUCAUUGCCAAGUUGCAUCCGUGUUUUAUUUGCUAAUGAGGCUAGAGUGGCCAUGUUUCAGGACCCAAAUGUCCUCAGGUAGUUUGGAGCAUCUCUGUGAGAUGGGAUCAUGCAGAUAGCAUGUGGGAAAUGCAGCUGCAUAACUAGCAAGUCCCCUUGCAUUUCUUUUCCCCAGCAUGUCAGCGAAGUCAGUCCAGCGGGGACAGAACGUGCCUGCUUUUUGUCCUUUUUUCCUGCACUGCCAUUUUCACACAUUUUCCAACACCAACCAUCCAAUCCCGAUUUUUCCCACCAAACAAAUGGAUAAUCGGAUGCUAUGAGUUUUCUUCCACUUCCGGGACCUGGAGCUUGGCGUGUAUCCAAGCGUAUGGUUGCUUUGACUUAGAAGGAAUUUCCUCCAGUCUGCCUGGUUUGGAGGCACCAGGAGCUUUGAAAAGAACGCGCUAAAAAUAAAAUCUUAUUUGUAUUUUUUUUUUUAGCUCAAAGUUAAGGAGAUUAUCUAUGCCCUUUUAAAAUUCCAAGAGUGUGCUUUUGGACAGUUUUCAAUCUAAAGGCACCUCAAGGAGUCAUAAGGCAACCAGCUUGGGUGCUACCUCAGGGCUGCAAUUCCUGGUACUCUUGUGUCCCCAGUCACCUUCAUCCUCAAACUACUUGAAAAGGGCAUUUGGACCCACUCCCUGAAAAGACAUGGUCACUCUAGCAAGGUCCCAAAGGGCCACGGUUUUACAUUACAUUUCAAACUUAAUUUGCUUUGGGGUUUUAUUUCUGUUAUUGUUCAGAUGCAAAAAAAAAUUAUUCAUUUUUGUUACACAUGCUUUGAAAUAUGUGUCCAAAUGUUAUUAACCACAAUGACCUGCUUUGAUUUACCAAGAAGACAGCUCUGGAACCUGUGCGGACGGGAUUGUUUAGGUUUGUUGCUGGCUUUGGAAAGCUAAUUAAGUGCUCUGAGAGGGACCCCACUUCUUGAAGCAUAGAUAGUUGUCUUCUUCACGGUGAUGUUGUUUUGAGAUAUUUGUGGAAAUGUUCAUUUGUAUCUGGAUAUCUGUUAUGUGCCGUUUUUCUUCUAGCAUCGACAUACAAUAAAAAAAAAAAGAAAGAAUGAAGAAGAAAUGCCAUUUCAAGGAAAACAGCUCUCUUUGAAAAACAUGGACCCAAACUACAAAGUGGGGCCUCCUGAGGCUUCAGGACAGAAAAAAAAAAAA